AUGCAGAACUUUUUUUCUCUGCUGCUAUCGACCAGUGCCGCACCUGUUUCCUUCCAGCCAAUUGCAAGCCCAGCUCCUCUGCCACCAAAGACGAAGGCCAGCGAACCGCCAGCUGGACACCCCAAUGGCUCGCACGCGAGUAAAAAGGGUCAUCCCGAUCGGGAUGACUUGCACCGACCGCACCCAAAUGCGGAGCAAACCGAGGAUUUUGACAUAGUCCUACGCCACUUCUAUCCGCUAGAGAUGAGCAAUGGGCGUUGCCAAGCAUACACCAACGGCGAGCUGGAACGCGCAAUCGUAACACUACAGAAAGCUUGCAGGGAAAACGUCGACAAGUGUCGGUCGAUCAACGUAGGAAGUGCCGUGGUACAUCGGUUCAAGAGCGAUCUCCGGCGUCAUGACAGCAGGGCGGCCUACCAAUUUGCGAAAGAGCACCAAGUCCCGUUGAUCGGUCUUUACAUCGACAAACGGAAGGCGAUCCCGAAACAGAUUGUGGAGUUGUGUCAACAGUGGGGCGCGAAAAGCUUAUAUGCAAAUAUCGAGUAUGAGGUGGAUGAGCUGCGGCGCGAAGCCAAGCUCGUAAGGCUCUGUGCAGAUAACGAUAUCAGUUUCACUCACUCUCAUGAUACCUGCGUGGUCACCCCGGGCGCGCUGGCUAGUCAGCGAGGGAAACAAUAUUCCGUUUAUACUCCAUGGUAUCGCUCUUGGCUGGCAUUUCUAAAAGAGAACCCGGAUUACCUCGAGGUCGCUGAGGGGGAAUGCACGACAACAAUUCAAGAACUUGUUCAAUUGCAAUGUGCCAGCCGCCCCAAUACCCACAUCUUAUCAGACGAAGAUCAGAAACGCUUCGAGUGGUUUUACCCAGCCGGUGAGCAUGAAGCUCUCCAGCGACUGGGAAACUUCCUUGAGAAAGGGAAAGAGUAUGAGAAGGCGCGGAGCAAGUUGUCUGGUGAAAGCACUUCGGUCUUGAGUCCUUACUUUGCAUGCAGGGCGCUCAGCGCAAGGACUGCUGUCGUGGCAGCGAAGAGAAUCAACAAAGGCCACAUCGAUCGAUAUGACCCCGGUUACAUGACCUGCAUCGGCGAGCUGGCCAGGCGCGACUUUUACAAGCAUGUCCUAGAGUACGACAAUGACCAAUUUCAAGCGUGGCGCGAUGGGAUGACAGGCUUCCCCAUCGUCGAUGCAGCAAUGCGCCAGCUCCGCCACUGCGCGUGGAUGCACAACCGCACGUGCAUGUUAUUCUCAUCUUUCCUUACCAAGGACCUGAUGCUCGAUUGGCGCCGUGGCGAGCGCUACUUCAUAGAGAAUCUGAUGGAUGGUGACUUCGCGUCCAAUCACGGCGGUGAGCAAUUCGACCCGGAGGGUGAGUAUAUUUGCCACUGGCUGCCGGAACUCCGUGACAUGUCUGGAAAAGCCAUCCGAGAAUCUUAUGCCAGGGGGGCGGCAGCCAUUGCGCAGAACAAUGGCUACCCCCGGUCUAUUAUGGACCACGCAGAGAGUCGAGAUCGAGCGUUGGAGAGGUUCAAGAAGGCACUAAAAUGGAUGCUGAAUAUGUAA